UUAUUUCAACCAUCACCAGUCGAUCGAGUCGCAGAUUAUAGUAUGCAUGAUCCAUCGGUAGCCACGCCAUCUUCAUGCACACCCUUGCAUUGCGUGCUCUGCUAGCUGUCCAUGCAUGGUGGAUCGAGCGAGCUAGUGUGUACUCUGUGUGCGUGUGUGUAUAUAUGGCUGAGAGAGAGAGAGAGAGAGCGAGCGAGCUAGUAGUAGCUAGUAGUUAGCUUCGCAAGGAAAGAACAAGUAACAGAAGAACGUCGCUCGUUUGCUAGGCAGCUAGCGAGCAGAGCAGAUAGAGAUAGAUAUCAUAUCCGUCGUCAGAUAGAUAGCUACUAGAUCACAGCCCCCCUGCGUGCCAGUGAUCGAUCGAGGCACCACCACCGACCUGUGCUGCUGCUCCCUUGCUUAUUAGCAGUCGUCUCGAUCUCCUGGCUAGACAUACAGCUCCCAUAUCAAUCGCCAGUCAUAGUUAAUUAGAUCCUGCACACAAACAAAUAAGCUAGCAGCCAGAGGGAACGAAGCAGCAGCAGAUAGCUAGCUAGAGCAUGGCGCCGCCGCCGCUCCUCCUCCUCCGGCUGCUGCUUGUUGCGGCGGCGGCAUCGUCAAUUGCAAGGACGACGAGGUGCCAUGGGUACCAGUACAAGGCGUCACAGGGCCCCCUGGUGACGGCGGUGAUCGUGUUCGGCGACUCCAUCGUCGACCCCGGCAACAACAACGACCUGCACACGCAGAUCAAAGCCAACCAUCCGCCCUACGGCAAGGACUUCUUCAACCACGAGGCCACAGGAAGAUACUCCAACGGCCUCAUACCCACGGACCUCAUAGCCCAGGGUCUCGGUGUGAAGCAGCUGCUGCCGCCGUACCUGGGCGUGGAUCUGAGCCCGGAGGAUCUCCUCACCGGCGUCAGCUUCGCGUCCGGCGCCACCGGAUUCGAUCCGCUCACGCCCAUCGUGGUGAGCGUCAUCUCGCUGGAGCAGCAGCUUGCCUACUUCGACGAGUACCGUGCGAAGCUGGUGGCCAUCGCCGGCGAGGAGGAGACGGAGAGGAUCAUCAAGGGGGCGCUGUUCGUGGUGUGCGCCGGCACCGACGACGUGGCCAACACCUACUUCACGACGCCCUUCCGGCGCGUGGAGUACGACAUCCCCAGCUACGUGGAGCUGCUGGUCUCCGGCGCCGAGGCCUUCCUCCGGAACGUCAGCGCCAGGGGAGCCACCAAGAUCGGCUUCGUGGGGAUGCCGCCGGUGGGGUGCGUGCCGUCGCAGCGGACGCUGGGCGGCGGCCUCCGCCGGGAGUGCGAGCCCAGUCGCAACGAGGCGGCGCAGCUGUACAACGCCAGGAUCCAGGAGAUGAUCGCGGGGCUCAACGCCGAGCAGGGAUUCGGGACGCUGGUGGUGUACCUGGACAUCUACCGCAUCCUGGACGAGCUCAUGGAGCGCGGCGACAGGUACGGCUUCACCGAGACCACCAAGGGCUGCUGCGGCACCGGCACCAUCGAGGUCACCGGGCUCUGCGACAGCCGCUUCGUCUCCGUCUGCGACGACGUCUCGCAGCACGUCUUCUUCGACAGCUACCACCCCACCGAGCGAGCCUACAGGAUCAUCGUCGACGACAUCUUCGACAACUACAUCCAAGUGCUCAUCUAAUGAUGUCGAUCAUCCGAUCUGUAUCGUAUUGCAUUAUUUUUAAUUUGUUAUUAAUCGAUCGAAGAUAAUGCGUGUUGUUGUUGGGACGACGGACGGACGGCGGACGAGCGAUUAUAUAUUGACUACCACGCACCAGCCAGCAAAUGAAAUGGGAGCCAAUUCAGAAAGAUGUUAUUGGGCCCAAAGUAAAGCCCAUUCUGAAAUAAUAUUACUACGAAUUGCAUGGGCCGGGCCUUAUUCGGUUCCUA